GUUUCCUCGGGUAGGUGAUCCUUGCAGGCUGGACAACACGGUGAGGAUGAACACUGUCAGUGGUUGGAUAUAGAUGUUAGGAAGAGAUCUUGGGUUGGUAUUUUCUUUUUCAAAACAAAAGGCCCUGGACUCACAAUGAAGCGACGGCGCAAGUACUGGUUUUGGAGGCGGAAAGGUAAAAACGCAAAGAUGUGUCUGCUCUGCUGUUAUGAAAGGAAAGACAAAGCUGACUGUUUCCAGUCCAAGAACGCUGAUGAGGAGGCCUGCGUGGCGGUGAAAAUCGAACACUCCACAGCUCUAGGCAGUAGCCCGGCGUGCAAUCAAAGCAACACACCCAGUGUGCAGGCGUGUCUGAGUCGGGCGGGCGGUAGGACUUCUGACAAGAGCAGGAAAGGGGUCAAUGGAAGAAGCAUUAGCUGCAGGGCUCGGCUGCCGUCUAAACCACAAGUCCCUCCAAAGCCACCACAUCUCCAGAGCCCGGUGACGGAGCUCACGUCCCCGCUGGGCCGCAUCCAGAAACCACAACUAAAACCGGGCAUGGAAGAGGGAGGUGGAGGAGGAGGAGGGAGAGGCGCUGUGAACCGGGAGAAAGUCAGGGAGAAACACUCCAAAGUCUCAGACCUCAUCAGUCGCUUUGAGGAGAACAGCAGCACAGAGAACAAGAGAGACGGCUCUCCGCUCAAACAAAUCAGCAAGUCGUCCAACUGCAGCCCAGCUCACCGGGCCUACCAGAAGCAGACGGAGGCCGACGGGCCUAAGGAGAACCACUCCUCCCUGCCGGCCUCGCCGGAAGAUGAACAAAAACCGGCGGCCAACGGGGUGCUAGCUCAGAUGGAGCAGGACAAGGACAAGGAGGAUAGCCAGGAGAGGAACAAUGACAGUGUGAGGACAGAGGCUGUCGAGCUGGUAAAUGGAGAUAUGGGGUGCGGGAGCACGGAACAGAGUGAUGAUCACUCACCUCCACACACAGACAGUACUGGUGCAGAGAGCCACACGGAGAAUGAGGACAGUGGGACUAAAAUAGAAAGUGAGCAGAGGAAUGAAGAAGGGAGAACCGAGCAGAAGGAGACAAAUGAACAGAAGCUGUUUAAGAUCGCCAGCGAGCUCUUGCACACAGAGAAGGCCUACGUAGCGCGACUUAACCUGCUGGACCAGGUAUUCUGUGUGAAGUUAAUGGAGGAGGCAAAUAAAGGAACGUUCCCCGUGGACGUAGUGAAGAACAUCUUCUCCAACAUCGUCUCCAUCCACACCUUUCACAGCCAGUUUCUGCUUCCAGAUCUGGAGAAGCGCAUGGGAGAAUGGGCAUCCACACCUCGCAUCGGAGACAUCCUGCAGAAACUCACACCCUUCCUCAAGAUGUACGCAGAGUAUGUGAAGAAUUUCGACAAGGCCAUGGAGCUGCUGAAACAGUGGACUGAUCGCUCGCCUCAAUUCAAGGCCAUCAUUCAGGAGAUACAGAGUCAAGAGGCCUGUGGCAGCCUGACGCUUCAGCAUCACAUGUUGGAGCCCGUGCAGAGAGUCCCUCGCUAUGAGAUGCUGCUUAAAGACUAUCUGAAGAAGCUUCCUCAGGACGACCCUGAUCGCCGAGAUUCAGAGAAAUCCCUAGAAAUUAUCGCCACAGCAGCUACUCACUCUAACAGCGCCAUACGAAAGUCUGAGAAUCUGAAGAAACUGAUGGAGAUAUACGAGAUGCUGGGGGAGGAGGAGGACAUUGUUAACCCCUCUAACGAGUUCAUCAAAGAGGGCCACAUCUUGAAGCUGGCGGCCAGGAACACCUCGGCCAUGGAGCGAUACCUCUUCCUGUUCAACAACAUGCUGUUGUACUGCGUGCCCAAAUUCAGUCUGGGAGGGACUAAGUACUCAGUGAGGACAAGGAUCGGCAUCGACGGCAUGAAGGUCCUGGAAACCACCAACGAUGACUACCCUCAUACCUUCCAGGUGUCAGGGAAGGAGAGGAUGCUUGAGCUACAGGCCAGCACAAACCAGGACAAGGCUGACUGGAUUAAGGCUUUCCAGAGGACUAUUCAGAUCUUCCAGCAGAAAAACGAGUCGUUCAAGAAUGCUCUGAGAGACGUGGACGAAGUGUCGAACGCGGAGCUGGGGAAGCGUGCCCCUCGCUGGAUCCGCGACAAUGAAGUGACAAUGUGUAUGAAGUGUAGAGAGUCUUUCAAUGCUCUGACACGACGGAGGCACCACUGCAGAGCCUGCGGCUACGUGGUGUGCUGGAAAUGUUCAGACUACAAGGCGACCCUUGAAUACGAUGGCAACAAGUCGAACAAAGUCUGCAGAGACUGCUCCUCCAUCCUGAGUGGAGAAGUGAUAGCCGAGGGCAAGAAGAAGGGCAUCCUGGAGAUCGAGGCGGCUCAGUUCACAGGCAGCAGCAUCAUGUGCGGCUUCCUGCAGUACUGUGAGAAGAACAAACCUUGGCAGAAGGUGUGGUGCGUCAUCCCCGAGAAGGAGUGUCUGGUGCUCUAUCUCUACGGAGCUCCGCAGGACGUGAAGGCCCAGUGUACUAUCCCCCUCCUGGGCUACUCUGUGGAUGACAGCGCCCGGUCCACAGACCCCCCGACCAGCUUCCGUCUCUCCCAGUCCAAGUCCAUCCACAACUUUGCUGCUGAAACGGAGGAGCUCAAGCAGCGCUGGCUGAAAGUGAUACGAGUGGCGGUGACGGGGGAGGUGCCGGAAUGCCCUCAGAACGGCGGCAACGCCAACAUGAUAGACGACAUCACACAGGAAGCAGGUACUGAUAGCUCAUAAAAGAUGUCUUUUCUACAAGCAAACUGCUUUGAGAUUGCUCAAGAAAGGCAGGAUGUGCACUGCACACACAACUACACACUCUCCAUGCUGUACUUGAAUCUUAAAGACAAGUAGAGGAAUCAGUGCUGGAUUUGCUCCCGUUCUUCGUUUUCUUUUCGGAUUUUCUCAUAAGCCCACGCCAGAACUUCUGACUCACUGCUAGAGCUGUGCUGGAUUACUAAAGGACAUGUCUGGUGCAUUCAACACUAGAGCAGAGGGGCCUCAGGAUUGAUCGACUUCCCUCAAACAGGCUCUAUGAGGACAGCUCAAACUCAGUCUUCAGACUUUAAUCUGAGUCAGCUCCUCUUGAGCCGGUGGACUCCCACAGCGCCCUGUACAGGAUGUGACUCAAAGCAAAGAGAACGGUCCACAUGAAGUGUGCUGGUGCUGUAACUCAACUCUGUGUACCUGUACAGUAUAAAUGUUUUUCUUUUCAAAAAAGGAACAAUCGUCUUUUUAUGUACAGAAAUCAAUCCCACACGUUGUUUUGAUAACAUAGAAAAUAUCUAAGUAUGAUAUAAAGUAUUUACAGUAUUCCACCUUUUCUUUGCUUGAAAAGAUGGAUCUAAAACUGGGGAAAUGAUCGUGUGGUUGGAUAAUGAUGGUCCCAUCUCCCUCUCUCAUCCCUCAGUGAACAUUCAUGAACUGUUGCAGUGUCCUGUAGUGUGUGUUCUAUGAAACGAAGGGACUAACCAGUGUUAAUGCUGAAUAUAGAAGAAAUCGUAAUGGCAAUACGUAUUGUGAGAUUGUACAUUUUCCAGAGAAACAGUUGAUAAACCAUUUACUGUGAAUGUGUGUUUUCUUUCAGUUAAAGAAGCAGGUGAAAAGUCAAGGCUUCAUCAUAUUGAUGUGUAAAUUCAUUAGUACAAUAAGUCAGUCCUGCUCAUUGAUUUGCAACAUUGCCCACAAUGGCAACCAGAGCAAUUUAGUAUUGCUCCUCCAGUAAGUUUGGAGACAGAAGACAGAAUGGUCAAAAUUGAAGCGGCAGGAGCAGAGAUACCCGACAGCAGCGACUUACAUUAGGCCCUCCCUGCCUGUUACCAAAGUUUUCUGUCAGAUAUUCGUAGUCUCAAGCCUAACUCACAACAACCCUGAUGUCUUUUUCUCACUGUGCAAAGCUUCCUGCAGAGCCACAAAGACAUUAUACAACUGUAUUCAGGUAAACUGACCUUCCUGUGUAGAAUCAGUUCACCUUUAUAAAAAGGUAGAAACAGUAUCACAAGGUGACACAUCUCUAUGGUCUCACAAUAUGUAUUGCCACACAUUGCCCGACCCUAUGGCUGUUUGUAUUAAAAGUGUCUUCUAAUUAUGGCAUAGCAACUGAUGGAUGAUGUUCAAAGCUGAGGAUGUGAGAGAUGAACAGGGAUCUUCACUUUUCUAUUUAGAUGCAAACGCGGAACAAUCACAGAUAUAGCAAGCUGGUGCGAGAAAUGUAAAUGUGUUUUUAAUGCUGUAAUUAAUUUGAUUAUUUAAAGUAAUUUAUAGAGUAUGACAAGCAUGAUCUGUUAAAAGUAGCACAAAUUUGUUCCCCGACUGUCAACUAAGAAGCGCAUUAGGUAGAUCUCUAGAGCAGAUGUUUCCCCAUUACCUCAUCAAACGCGUCACUUGGGUUCUUCAGUGCAACAGCGGCCGGUCUGAGCUCUGGGCCGGCCGUGUUCAUUCACAUGGUUCUGUUUGCCCCCGUGCUCGAUGCUCGUGCUCACCUGAGUCUCACCUCUCUGAACCUUUUUUCCCCCUCCUCAGUAUUCAAAUAAAAAACAAGAGCACAAAA